AUGGACGAAGACGAGACGACAACGGCCAACACAACCAGAGCACGAUCCACCUACCCGCGAAGGCGCGCCGUCAACGCUUGCAACGCCUGCCGAGCCCGCCGGACGAAAUGCGACAAUCGAAGACCAAAAUGCUCCUUUUGCGAGCGCACCGGCGCAGCAUGUCUGCGCUCGACCACAGACUUCUCAUCGUUCGACCCUGCUUCACUUGAAAUAUUAGACCGACUGAGCCGAAUUGAAAAGGCCUUGCUACCACCGGCUCUCAGCAGUCCGCAUCCGUCGCAUCUGCGAGAGGUAGUUGCAGAAGGAUACGACAGCUACAUGAGCAACCCUGAGGUAGACAUUGAUCUGUUCCCUCAGACAUUGCCAAAGAUCCUGGCUUGGCCGGUCCUGAGGCCGUUCACAUCCCCCAACUGGCCUGUCGAUGUAAUCUACAGCCCCGUGGCUUCUGGCAAUUCGGCAUCCCAUCCGAUGGCUUUUCCUAUCGAGACCAUUGCGGACAUUGAUAUGAAGACGUGCAUGGCGCUCGUGGAUGACUACUUCAACUACAAUCACAUCAAGAACCCGAUAUUCGACGAGAACGCGGUGCGAUCGACGGUGAAGCGGGUGUGCUUUGAGGGCUUCGCUCGAGACGCCGACUCGUGUCUAACGCUUCUCGUCCUCGCAAGCGGAGCCAUCUCUAGCCCAUUUGAUCGCGAGCUAGCACCAAAUGGCCCCAGCGAUACCACCUUGGCAGAUGCGUUGUUCGAUGCCGCUCAAAAGCGCGUGGGUUUCAUUUUCGGGCAGGGCAAUUUACUCCAAGCCCAGUGCUUUUUCGCCAGCGGAGUCUUCCUCAUGUGCAAGUUCCGCGCGUACGAUGCUUGGAAGAUGUUUCUCCAGGCUCUCGCUGCUUGCCAGAGCUUUGUAUGUGCGGGGACCCCCGGGACCGGCCCCGUGGACGAGUCGAACAAUGAGAGCGUCCUCUCCGAGCGGGUAUAUUGGUCGGCGUGGAAGUCGGAGCGGGAGGUCAGGUUCGAGCUUGGCCUGCGCGACUUUGGCGUGUCGGACCUCAGCCACCCGGGACUGUACUUGACCCUUCCCCAAGGAGGUGUUGAAGGGCCAUCUCUACGAUCAUGGUAUUUCUACCUGUCUGAAACGGCAAUCUGGCGUUUGCGUGUCGCUGCGAGGAAGGCCAUGAUGGAGCGAGCAGCAUCACAUGCUUCAUUCGACGUCACCACGCUCGUCCCUCUCAGCGCGCAUUUGGAAGAGCAGGUAGUGGCGUGGCAAGAGUCAUUGACGCCAUCCAUCGCCCUGGGCGAUCUCUCUCGAGCAGCAGAGGAGACGGAUAUCCUGAAAUAUGUACUCCGCGGGGCGAUUACGAACUACUACGAGAUGAUCACGUGGCCAUUUGUCGUCGCUGCGAUCCACACUGAAGGGCAGAGCCAGCGUGUUUUGGAGUGCGCGACAAAGGGAUUGGAGUGGCAUAUGAAUCGUCUGAUCAUCAACCUGCCCGGCUUCCACCAUCGACAUCACGGCACGUGGCUCAUGCAACAGUCGAGCUCACGAAGUGCAUUGAUUCUGUGUGCCGCAGCACUGACCGCGCAGACGAGUAGACUGCUGCCGCCAGGAUGGAUGCGGGCAGUGGAGAGAGUGGGAGAGAUGCUGCGAUAUUGGAGUCCGUGUGUGCCGACUGCGAGCGAUCGUGCGGAGGUGUUGGAGGCGUUGUUGGCGAGGGUUGGUGCGACGACGGUGGACUACACUUGA